GCCCACAGCCUUGCCCACUCCUGGCUCCAGCGGUUAUAUUGUCCGUUUUCUACUGUCACGUCUUCCCAUUUCCCAACUCUUCUUCACUUCACUCGUUCAACCUCUUUUCGAAACGCUCUCGCUCCCAUUCCCAUUCCCACUCCAUCUCCGAUCAAAAAAUUCUAGCGAGAGAGAAUCGAUCAAUCAUGAGGGAGAUCCUGCACAUUCAGGGAGGCCAAUGCGGCAACCAAAUCGGCUCCAAGUUCUGGGAAGUCAUCUGCGACGAGCACGGCGUUGAUCCUACCGGCCGUUACAAGGGCGGAGAAACCGCCGACGCCGUCUCUGACAUCCAACUCGAGCGCAUCAAUGUCUAUUUCAAUGAGGCUUCCGGCGGCCGCUAUGUCCCCCGCGCUGUCCUCAUGGAUCUGGAGCCCGGUACCAUGGACAGUAUCCGAUCAGGACCUUACGGCCAGAUCUUCAGGCCUGAUAACUUCGUCUUCGGACAGUCUGGUGCCGGAAACAACUGGGCCAAGGGUCACUACACCGAAGGCGCUGAGUUGAUCGAUGCGGUUCUCGAUGUUGUUCGUAAGGAGGCUGAGAACUGUGACUGCUUGCAAGGAUUCCAGGUUUGCCACUCGCUAGGAGGUGGUACUGGAUCUGGGAUGGGGACUCUGUUGAUUUCAAAGAUUAGAGAGGAGUAUCCAGACAGAAUGAUGCUCACCUUCUCUGUUUUCCCCUCACCCAAGGUCUCCGACACGGUUGUGGAGCCAUACAAUGCUACACUCUCAGUUCAUCAACUGGUGGAGAAUGCUGAUGAAUGCAUGGUCCUUGAUAAUGAAGCACUCUAUGAUAUUUGCUUUAGGACUCUGAAGCUUAGCACCCCAAGCUUUGGUGACCUCAACCAUCUGAUCUCUGCAACGAUGAGCGGAGUCACCUGCUGCUUGAGGUUCCCGGGCCAGCUGAACUCCGAUCUCCGGAAGCUGGCGGUGAACCUGAUUCCCUUCCCGCGUCUCCACUUCUUCAUGGUUGGGUUCGCCCCGCUGACCUCCCGCGGCUCCCAGCAGUACAUCUCCCUCACUGUCCCGGAGCUGACGCAGCAGAUGUGGGACUCGAAGAACAUGAUGUGCGCGGCAGACCCACGCCACGGGCGGUACCUGACGGCGUCGGCCAUGUUCAGGGGGAAGAUGAGCACCAAGGAGGUGGACGAGCAGAUGAUCAACGUGCAGAACAAGAACUCGUCCUACUUCGUGGAGUGGAUACCGAACAACGUGAAGUCGAGCGUGUGCGACAUACCCCCGACCGGGCUCCGGAUGGCGUCGACGUUCGUGGGGAACUCGACGUCCAUCCAGGAGAUGUUCCGGAGGGUGAGCGAGCAGUUCACGGCGAUGUUCCGGCGGAAGGCGUUCUUGCACUGGUACACCGGGGAAGGAAUGGACGAGAUGGAGUUCACCGAGGCGGAGAGCAAUAUGAAUGACUUGGUGGCGGAGUAUCAGCAGUACCAGGACGCCACCGCCGACGAUGAGGAGGAGGAGGAAGGCGAGUUGGAGGAGCAUGAAGGGGAGGGAGUUUUUUCACCCUUUCUGAAUUCACGGAGUGAAAGGCAAACCGCAAUGAAGGGAGCGAAGAAGCCGAUCAACGCCGUGAAGGCGUGGCUGAAGGCGCAGCCGCCCAAGGUGAAGGCGUUUCUGGCACUGGCAGUUGCCUUCUCCGCCAUCCUUUUCCUCCGCCUCGUCGUCGAGGACCACGAUAACCUCUUCAUCGCCGCCGAGGCCGUCCACGCCAUCGGCAUUUCCCUCCUCAUUUACAAGCUCACCAAGGGAAAAACCUGUGCUGGACUUUCACUGAAAUCACAGGACCUCACAGCUUUGUUUUUAGCGGUAAGACUUUAUUGCAGUAUUGUCAUGGAGUAUGACAUACAUACGCUGCUUGACUUGGCUACGUUGGCAACAACCAUAUGGGUCAUUUAUACCAUCCGCUUUAAGUUGAAUUCCAGCUUUAUGGAUGACAAAGAUACAUUUUCAAUGUACUAUUUGGUUGUACCAUGUGUUGUACUAGCUCUAGUUAUCCACCCAUCCACAAACCAUCACUUAUUCAACCGCAUUUGCUGGGCAUUUUGUGUGUAUAUGGAAGCUGUUUCAGUACUCCCACAACUGCAUGUCAUGCAGAAUACAAAGGUUAUUGAACCAUUCACCGCAAGUUAUGUUUUUGCACUGGGAGUUUCAAGGUUCCUUAGCUGUGCACACUGGAUUCUCCAGAUGAUAGAUACCCGAGGAAGGUUGUUAACAGCUUUAGGUAAUGGAAUGUGGCCACCAAUGGUCAUCCUUUCUGAAAUUGUCCAAACUUUUAUCCUGGCUGAUUUCUGCUACUACUAUGUUCAAUGCCUUUUUGGUGGGAGUCUUGUGAUGCGCAUUCCAUCUGGCGUAGUCUAACAUCAAGAUUUUGUGUAAGAAUCAAAUGGCACACUAGUGAGUGCCGUUUUGGGAGGGUAUUCACUUUGCUUUGUUGGAAUCCCAUCUUUCAAUAGGUAUACAUUUUGCUGUCUAGGCUGCUGCAUGGUGCCACUUCAGUUUAUACACUUCACAGAGUAGAAUGUAGAUGUACUUAUAUUAUCACCCAAUAUGUUGCAACCAAACUAGGCAAGGAGAGUAUACAAGGUCAUUAUGUAUUUGUGGGUUUUUGCAAUGUGGCAAAGAUGUUUUGUCAUAUA